UUCACUAGUCACGUGAGCGCUUUAGUCCAAUCAGCAGGAGUUAUCUCCGUCCCAAACAAACAUCCAAGAUGGCGGAGAGGAGAUCAAGUUGUGGGAUCAGUGUUGACUAAACCGUUGACAAUGUCAGAGUUAAGGGGGGAAAUGUCUUAGCUGAGGGCUGAGAGGAUAAAGACUGUCCCGGGGAGCCAUUGUUCAUCAGUGGUGAAGACCUGCAGCAGCAGACACCAAUCCCCAGGGACUGAUGUUUUAGAGGGUGACGUCAAACUACACAUCAUCCACCAACCAUGGACCUGAGCAGGUUCCGUUCUGCAGGCCAGGCAGCGGACUCCAAGCCUGGUGGGAAGAAGAAAGAUGAGCUGGCCGCACCGACACAGGAGGAGAUAGAUGAUGUGCUGAAGGAAAUAUGCAUCUCCAAUGGGCUGAAUUUCCAGAAACUUGACAAUCAGGUCACAGGCACCACUCAGCUGGAGAUGUUCUUCUCGGGCAUGCCUCGCAUGUUGGGGUUGGACAGGUUUGUGAACCUGACCUGCCUGAGAAUCAAUGGACAGAACAUCAGGAAGAUUGAGGGGCUGCAGCAUCUGGCACAGCUGAAGGAACUGUGGGUGUCGGAGUGUAAACUUAAGGAAACCAGUGGUAUGGAGGCCAACCCCAGUCUACAGAAGUUGUUUCUGUACUCUAAUGAGAUCACCAAGAUUGAAGGCCUGGGAAAUCUCAAGAGGCUGGAGGUUUUGUGGCUUUCUGACAACAAAAUACCAAUGAUAGAGGGACUUCAGGGACUGAGCAGGUUGAGAGAGCUCAAUCUGGCUAACAAUCUCAUUGAGAAGAUUGGUCAUUCCUUGGACUGUGCUGUAAACUUAGAGUCACUGAACCUCUCUGGCAAUAGGAUUGCUUCCUUUAAGGACUUGACCAACCUGAUCCGUCUGCAGUUCCUCCAGUCACUGGGUCUGAAGGACCCACAGUACCUGCCCAACCCUGUGUGUUUACUGUGUAACUACUCCACACACAUCCUGUACCAUCUGCCCAACAUUACCAGGCUCGAUGCAUUCGAUGUCUCCAGCAAGGCUCUCAAGGAUUUAGCAGAGACUACAGUUGUGAAGAAGAAGAUGUAUUACAACAUGCGUGUCAAGACUAUCCAGCGCAACAUGAUGGACAUGCUCAACAGGCUUCAGCAGCAGAAACACAGCCUCCUGCAGUCCCCACAUGAAAGGAUGAGGGCGCUUCAGUUCUGCAUCAAAUCUGUGGAGAGAGAUUUGGAGGAGAUAGCUCUGGGUGCUCCGUCCCCAAAGGAAGAGGUAGAGAAGGAGAAAGUGAAAGAUGAAGGAGAGGAUGGACAGGAGAGUGGCACCGAGAGCGACCAGGAAGGAGAGAAGGAGAAAAGAGUGGACCAGCUCAAGGCCAAGAUGGGCGCUGUUAGACAGCGGCUCAUGACAUGGGAGAAGAGACUCAAGGAGGUGGAGGAUUUCUAUGAAGACAGUUGCAGUAGGAUCAAGUCUGUGUCAGAGCAGACAGUUCGCAGACUGGUGACCGAGCUGGAGACGGGAGGAAACGUGAGGUUUGAAGACGGCAGGUCUACCGAUGUGUGGUUCAACUCUUGCCAUGACCUGAUCCUGUCCAGGUUCUGUGCAGGGGACUACAAGGGGCAGGGCAUUCUGGGUAUUAAAAUCCAUCGGAUCACCAGAGUGCACAACCGUAUCCUCAGGACCAGGUUUGAGGAGAAACUCACAGCAGCCAUAUCGGACAAGUCAGACAACGCUUCUUAUACCAAUAAGACAAAUGCCUUCAAGAAGUACCUGGAGUACCUGUUCUAUGUGUGGGACCCUGAGCUGCCGGGGGCUGGCACUGAUCCACACAGAGUCCUGGAGGAAGGGUUCAUGGAUUCACACACCUAUCAGCAACUAGGAAGAGAUGGUGCCAUCCCCUUGUCCAACAGCCUGAGUCUGGCAGAGCAGCACAGGAUAAACUUUCACCUCAAGGUGGCCAAGGGCAGAGCUGCAGCAGACUCCUGUCCCUUCAGACAUGGACAAUUGAUUGUCUGCAAAGUGUACAUGGGAAAGAGUUCUCCUGCCAAGGAUAGCAAGUCUAUAUGCAAAGAGAACUACCCAGAAGCAGACUCAGUAUUCAGACCCAGAAAGCAAGAAGAACCACAAAGUCCAAAGAAGGAUGUUGUAAGCAGUAUCCUGAACUCAGGCGGUCCCCACACAGAGUGUGACUGCAGUGGUCGGCAGUGUGAGUGGUUCGUGUUUGACCACGAGCUGGUCAUGCCCGAGUAUGUCAUCGACUUCGAGUACAUCACAAGGCAAAAGCCCAGAUCGCCAUUCUCAGUGAGCAGUGAAGGGACAGUGACCAGCAGCAGUACCACUACAGAGAACAAAGCCCAGCCUCAGCCCCAGCAGCCCUUCUUCCCUCAGGACCCGCAGGUGGAUGAUGAUGUUCUUCAGAUGAAGCCAGAGAUCACUCCAAGGCCAAGAUUGCUGGAGUUGACAGAAGAUCUUGUCUUGAAGAUGACCAAAGCUUCAUCCUUACCUGCAGUGACUAUGCUGAAUCUUCAUGCCAAGGGUCUACGCCGGCUCAAGAACUUGUCCUCUAUGCCGUCCCUCAAGAGGCUUGUGGUGAGCUUCAACGAACUCAACAAACUUGAGGAUGUCGCACACUUGACCAACUUGGAGUACCUGGAUGCCAGCUUCAACAAGCUGACUUCUCUGGAGGGUGUAAAGGGCUUGUCUCGCCUGAAGACUUUGGACAUCAGCUGGAAUGAGCUGAGUAACACCAGGGAUGACCUGUCCAUCCUACGUAAGCACACCCCCAACCUCACCUCACUGGACCUCAGGCAGAAUCCAUGGCAGAAGCCUGAUGACCUCAGAUUAAGGACCAUUGGCAGACUGAAGUCCCUGACCAAGCUAAACGGUGUCACGGUGACAGAAGCAGAGGCAACGGCAGCACUGAGGCUGGCAGCAGGCUCCAGAAUAUCACAGGUGUCGUUACUAGCCCACUCCAGGACAGACGGGUUACGGCCGCGCAGCUUGAGUCUGGCGCCGUACGCACAGAUCCUGACCCAGGUCAGCAGGAACAAGCCUGACCGUGCAGGGGAACAGGACAGCUUCUGGUACAACAAGGUGACCACCUUGAACUUGGAUGGACAGCACAUCAGCAAGUUGUCCAACCUGGAGAAGCUGGAGAACUUGAGAUGGGCGUCCUUCAACGACAACGACAUCACCCGCAUUGAGGGGCUGGACAGCUGUCAGCAGCUGGAGGAGCUCAGUCUGGAGGGGAACUGCCUGACUAGGUUGGAAGGUCUUUCCAAGCUUGUGAGGUUGAGAAGACUGUCCCUGGGCAGUAACAGAAUAGUGACCCUGGAUGGGGCGGGGCUGGACAAGCUAACCCAGCUGCAUUACCUGUCUGUGGAGAACAACAGAGUCAACUCCCUCCAUGGGCUACAGAAGGCCACGGCUCUGAUCGAGCUGUAUGUGGGCAACAACAACAUCUGUAACAUCCGGGAGAUCUUCCACCUCAAGGCACUUCCCAACUUUGUUAUCUUGGACCUGUUUGGGAACCCUGUAGCACAGCAGGCAGAGAACUACAGACUGUUCAUUGUGUACCAUCUCAAGUCACUCAAGGCCCUGGAUGGGGUAGCCAUUGAGUCUUCCGAAGGGGGCAUAGCCAAGGACACAUUUGGUGGCAGACUGACCCAGGACUUUGUGGCUGAGCACAUCGGCCAUGCCAACUUCCAUGAGCUGCGUGAGCUGGACCUGCCUCACCAGGCCAUCAGACACGUGGACAUGGGCAAGGUGGACGUCUUCCAGAGCCUCAGAAGUGUGAACCUGGAACACAAUAACUUGACUUCCUUCAGUGGACUCAUCUACCUGACCAAUCUCAGGGUGUUGUGUUUGAAUCACAACCACAUCGAGUCGGUGGUGGCCCGCCCUAAGGGCUCCCAGCACCUGAAGCCCACCCGAGUGACAGUGACUGCAGCUGGCAUCAGUGGCAUCCCCCGCCCAGGGGUGGAGCAGUACGCUCCGGAGAACUUCACUCCACUCAUGGAGAAUCUGGAGGUCCUCCACCUGGGGUAUAAUAACAUCUCCAACAUGGCAGCACUACAACUCAGCAGGCUGACUGGCCUUAAGGCUCUCUUCCUUCAAGGUAAUGAGAUCACCAAGGUGGAGGGUCUGGAGGGGUUACAGGACUUACGUGAGCUGGUGCUGGACAGGAACAAGAUCAAGGCUCUGGCGGAGGGCUCCUUCAUCAACCAGUGGAACCUGCAGGAGCUGCACAUGGAGGAGAACAGACUCAGGGACCUGUCACACCUGUCCUACCUGGAGAACCUGCAGAGACUUUACCUGGGCAUGAACAGACUGCAGGAAAUCUCAGAGCUUGAGAAGCUGGAGGGUCUACCCAACCUGAUCGAGCUGUCAGUGGUCAGCAACCCUGUGUCUCGACGGCUGAUGCACCGCCCGAUGUUGGUAUACCGCAUGCCCCACCUCACCAUCAUUGAUGGGAUCCCAGUCAGUCCAGAGGAGAGGACUAAGGCAGAGAUCUACUUUAUGGAGCAGCAGCCAGCGAUGGUGAGCACAGGGGAGGGGAGCCUUCCAGGGAUCACACCGUACAGGGGACAGGUGCAGACGGGCCAUGGGAUGAUCAGGGUGACCAACGUGCAGCUGAACUCGGCGCCAGACAGGCACUGGAGCACCACCAUUAGCUACGGUACAGGCGGGCAGACCGAUCAUGAUGUACAGGAUAGCCUGAGAGGUCCGCCCCAGAGACGUAACUCGGACCGUAACAGUGGUGGUGGCAGCCGCGUGGAUGGUCACCAGAACGCGCACCUCCCUGGAUCCCGCUCCCAGUACCCCUCUCACCAGGUCCCCUACAUCCCACAUAACCCUAGGAAAUAGACUCACAAUACACACACUGUGUUUCUUCUUCUGUUUAAUCUGUUAAACAGCCCUUACACAUUGCCCUUGGAAGGGUGACUGGCCUAACCUUAACCUUCUCCUUGCUACCUAAUCUCAUAACCAGUAUAAUUUUGAAGCCAAAAGGCUGACUUAGCAGGGAGAAUGUUAAAGUAGUUCGCCCAAACCCUUAUAUUGUAACCUCAUUCCUUCAUCAGCAAAAUCUGUACCAAGCACUGAUCAAUAUACCAAUCUAUAUGAAACAAGAUAGCAUACAGGGUGGAAAAGAUGUAAAAAAAACUAAGAAGUCUACCUUUAAGUUACUAAGGUAUCUAAGUAAAAGUAGAAUAGUAGCCAGUGCACUGUUUAAAAUGUAUAGAAUAUAAUGCUAAGCGAUAUACCAUGUGCCCCCCUUAGCUGCUGCUACCUUGUUUCCACUAAUCCAGCAGUAAGUGACUGUGUGCCUUAUUGCAAUAAUUUCCAUACAGCCAGUUGCCUCUUGUGCUGGAAAUGUACAUACUCUGAAGACGUGUGCAUGUAGUUCUCUUUUGCUGUAGAGAAGCUUAUGUUGCUUUGUACUAGUAGUGAAAGUAGUAGUAGUAGUACUGUUAGUAGUAUCCAUGAAAGUGUGAAAGCUUUAUCGGUAAAAUUAUUGCAACAUUUUCUAGCACCAUGUUAUCAUUAAAAAUGCCUUCCCCAACUGGGAGCUAGAAAAUGUUGAGACCUUGCUUCCCAAGGGAGAUUUUUGAAAGAUUUAGGUUCAAUGAAGUAAAGUGUAGUUUCUAGCACGAUGCUGCACUUCCAAGAUAGAUUAAGUGAAAUAUUCUCUAUCCAAGUAUGCUUAAUGCAAUAGCACACGGCAGCUAUCAAUGGAUAAUGUCUGUUCAGGGAGUCACAGGAAGAUGCAGCUGGGGCACCUAAAUGUACUUUUUUUUGUUCGAUAGUUUUGUUGCUAUAUUUUCUUGUUAAAUGCUCAGGAGCUGGGCAGGUGUAAAUUGUUGGACAUUUGAGUCUGGGGAGCCAUUGAUGCAGCCUGUAAAUAUUAUGGUAACAAUCAGUUGCAGGAGUUCAAGCACAUCUGACUAUUACAACUUAUCAAAAUUGAUCAAACUGUAUCAUAUGUUCAUGCCAUAGCCAAUUGACACAUCAGUGACAUGUCAUUACAUGUACUGAUAAGACAAAUGUACUAAUACGGAGGUAUGACAGAUAUGAAUGGACUAUUAAGCCCAUAGUAGUCACUGAUUGGAUUCCUCAGGUAGUGGACUUAGGCCUAGGAAAACUAAUGUUGUAUUUCUAAUUAUGGUCCUGAUUGAAUUACAUAUAGGGUUGGUAGGUAGGGACAUUUUGUUUUUGGCUGUCAACAUAACAGUGUCAACAUU